GCCCGCCUGGAAACCGUUCGAUCCUCUCAUAUCCAAUUUGCCCAGUCACUCUCCGAUUCCCCUGAACUGUUUUGAUGAAUCUGAUCGGUUCAGUGAUAGUGAACGCUCAUCCGUCAGUACUGUUCCAAUGCGCCUCGACCAGACAGGCUUUGAUCCAGUCGGGGACCCAGAUUCCAAAGGGCUGGUCCAUCACAGUCCAAUCCAGGCGAUUUCCAUUUCGUCCACUGAAGCUCUUACGAACGCUUCGUCUCCGAUGUCUCGCCAAAGUAGUGAGGAAACUGUUCCAAUGCGGUUACUUGCCACCCCAAGUCCACCGGACUUGGAUCGGGAUUUGAAUGAUCCUCUCACAGUCAACUGGUUCGCAUUGAACUGCGCAUCCUCACUGUACGGUGGUAUCCAUGGCGGAGCCAAUGAAUUCACCUUAGCUUUUGACCCCGCCCCAUGGCGUUAUCGUCGUCUUUCCGAACCGGACGACCCAAUGCGACAUGCGCGACAAACCAUCGCGCCCUGGCGACGUGUACGAAGUGCUCCUAGUCUGUUUAUUUGCACGAAUGGGGGUAUGUCGCGCGGCUCCGAUUGCGCUGAUCUGGAUCAGCUUUCAACCGCCUCGAACGAACGAAAUCAGUUACAGGAAGGCAUGUCUACAACCACUGCACUCACUGUGAUAGACCUUCAACUAGACGAGAGUCAUCUGAUCUACGAAACUCAGCCUGAAGAACAGUUUCAGCUGGCCUCGUUUGUCGAAGAAUCCACUCCAAUAUAUUUUGUGACCUGUUCGGUUGCGCAUCCAUGGUGUAUGUCUUGUUGGGUAGAACGCUUGCUACCGUUAGCGGACCUAGAUUCACAAGUUGCUGAAUGUUCCCCUCACACGGAAUCUUCUCAAUCGCAGCAUGUUAAUUUGUGGGAACCAACUGAAAAUGUAACUUCAGUCUGCUCUGCUCUUCGUUCUCCGGACGAUAUGCAACUUCAGUCUGAACCACUUGCCAAAUUAGGUGAUUCCCAAGAGAAACGAACAACCUCACCCGAUUUUUCGCAUACAAAAGAACCGCAAGUUGCAGAUUGUCAGCUGCAGAAUUUCCUUCCACAUCCAGUACGUUCCGAAGUGACACAGUCUCCUGUAUCAUCUCCGUCUGACGAACAACCGACAGUCUUAUCAGCUUCGCCUGUCGGUGCCUCUUCAGUCGCCGCAACUGACUGUUUCAACUGGCAUCCCCUAGGCAUGCGUUCACCGGUAGAUCAAAGCACAUGCCUCACCGGUUCAGAUGGUGCUGGGUCUAUGGGAACUUUACCUGUCAAGAUGUCUUCACGUUAUUCACUCACUCCGGAGUCUGAAUCUCGAGAUUUGGACGGGGAUGAAGUUGUCGAACCGCUUUCUGAGUCCUCUGAUUUUGUUUCACCUGAUGUGAAUCAAUUAGUGGGCAACUGCUCCUCAUCUUCCGGUUCAUCAGGAAGCUAUUCGACGCAUACCACCCUGCAAAUGCUUCUUGCUCCAAAUUUUGGCAUGGAACCGAAUGCCAACGCCCCCGUGGUCUCAUUCACUGCUCAGGCCUCACCUAAUCCAGGAAUUGGCUGUGAUUCGGAUGGUCCUAAAUUUCCGCCACCCCCCAGCCAGCUCGCGAGUUCGUCUACAAUUCCAUCUAAUUACGAACCUAGCAAACAAAUUUAUCCUUCGAUUUCUCUUUCAUUUAAUACCUCGAUGCAGAACGAUCAUGUGGUUUCCAUAUCCUGUCCCACUAUAGCCCAAACUCGUAGUAGUUCACCAGACCUUGUUAUCGCCGCACGUACCACAAUGCAUCCCAAUCUAAUGACCACAGUGUCCGCUUCGACCUCCAUAUCCGAACUGACGUUAUCUCCGUCUCCUUCGACCACCCCAGUCACCACGAUUCCCACACACUCUGCAUCGCGUGCUGCUCCACGCCAACGGCGUCUGGCUCGUCACUCGAGUGCCACCAACCCGACCCCUCAAGGUUCUAAGGGAACGACCAGUGUUGCGCCUCGAUCACGUAAAUUUGUGUCAACUCCAGUCACGUGGCUCCCGACAAGUUCAUCCAUUUGUGACUCUGGUGUGAAUUCUAACUCUAUUAAUUUUUUCGGUCCUAUCGACGAAAGUGCCUCCGCAAUUUCCGAGAGACAUAUGCUACCAAAUCAAACCAAUGCGGUCACAACCACCGUCUCUGGUCCGUUUCACUCCACCAAUCUGGGUUCCUUACCUUCUACUUCUGGUAUGCGAUUGAAUGAUCGUCUCGGGUCGAUGCUACCGCUGUGCACUGAUCCAAUGAACUACUAUUCGACCUCGUUAUCCUCCUAUUCGACUUUUCCUGAAUCGACUACGUACACGCCCUACACCUCUGCGUAUAGUUUGUCUGCUCCGCUAGGCUACAAUCCCGUAACCGUAAACGAAAUGGGUGCACCAGUGUUUUCGACCAAAACAUCUUACGAGUCAUUGUCCAGUUUCGAUUCCGGGAAUGUUUUUCACCCAGCAAGUUCCGAACAGCACCAACUGAUGCAAAGGUCUGAGGACCAGACCAUGUUUUCAUCCGCUGUCUGUUCGGAGACACAAGAAUCCUAUCGUACUCAUUAUCGCCAGAAGACUGGACCGGCACCGAAUAAUACGGGCAAUUUCUAUACCAAUCCGCCUCACUUCCAUGCGGACUAUGGACAUCAUUCUGCCCAUAUUUCAGCGCAACCAAAUCAAUCCAUGGAUUUGGCACAUUUGUCUUUUACCUCACAAAAUGGUACAACUCCGGGCACCGUCAUGGAUUCUGUGUCUUGUAUGAAUUCCGCUCCUAUUGCGCAGACAAAUUUCAUAACCCCAAUGACUCUGACAGCGGCCCCACCUUCUUCAGCGCCACCGUCCUCGCUUCAGACCCCUCUGUUUAUAGAACCCAAUCUUACCCCAUGCACAACCGUGGCUCAUACGCUUUUGACUGGGGCACCUACCUAUAUGACACCUGUCACAGUCGUUCCCACCACGGGUCCUGUAACCGACACGUCCACUCUCACCAACUGG